AAUGAAUCCAGAAUUACCUUACAAUACAACUUGUAAACCAUUCUUUACAGAAUUAUUAAUUGAACAGAAAUUAUUACAAUUCAAUGGUACAAAUGAUAAUAUAACUUACCUUGAAAUUGGUGAAAGAAUUACAAAAGUUAUCAAUGGAUUGUUUAAAAUUGAACAAAUUUUUAAUAAUAAUAAAUUCCAAUCUAUUGCAAAUGAACUAAGGCUAUUAGAAGUGUCAGUAAAAAGUAAUCUCAAAUGGCCUUAUCCUGUAAAAAAUGCUGUCAAUUUGAAAAUGGAUUACAAACUUGUCAAUGAAUUUUAUAUUUUAUAUAACAAUUCUAAAGAUGAGUACAGUAUUGAACACAAUUGUUCUGAAAAAGCACUGGAAAAAGUUUUACAAUAUAGCUGGAGUGAUUGCUUUUUACAAUUAGGAAAUGCAAUUGGACAAUAUGGACUUAAACUUCCAAAAGUAGUUAUCAAAUCUUUUGAUGAAAUUCAAUACAAGUACAAUGUCCUUGACAUUUUUAUAAGUGAAUUUAAUGAAAUUAAUAAGAUAAAUAAUGAUUUUUUCCUAAAGAAUUUUGCAAAAGUUGAUGUCUUUUACAAAGAGAUGAAUUAUCAAAAGAUUACUCAACAAGAGAAAUUUGGUUUUCUAUCUUUGCUCUCUGAAGUUGGUGGAUUUAUGGGACUUGUUUUGGGAGCAUCUGUUAUAACAAUUAUCGAAUUUAUUGAAUUCAUUGCUUAUACGAUUAUACAAAAGAUUUCUGAAAAAAUCAAAAGAAAUAACAAAUUAGAAAAUAUUCAUUAUGAAAAUACAUGA